AUGCCACCGUACGAGUGGGGAAUGCAGAGUACGCCGUACAGUCCGAAACCUGACAUCGUCGCAGCUAAAACACGUCGCAAUAUUAAUCGUGAAUUAAAAAUAAUCUCAAAUGAAAUUUCAACAAUUGAUGCAUCAAGAAUGAAGGAAGUUGAUGACCUAUUUAAAGGAGUACAAAUUCAUCGCAACCAAUACAAGGAUCGUACUGGCAGCCUACAUCCCUUAUCGUUUUUCAAAGCUGAUCAUUACAAGUACCAGUGUGCCCCAGGAAUGACAAACUCAUAUCUAUCUAAAUAUCCACAAAGUUAUAUCACAUAUAAAAUACCUUCGGUUCUACCACUUACAACUGAGAGACGGAAACAAACCCCUUGUAUACCUAAUUUGUCUCUUACUGGCGUGUAUACGAGAUCAAAUUGUAUCGCUUAUAAACGGUGA